AUGGCACUCAGAGAAGGGAGAGCUGGGAUCCGGUUCCGGGCGCAGUGCGAGUCUCCGCUGAUUUUCGGACAGCUGAUCGCCAAGUUAAUGAGCAUCUUCGGGAACCAGGAGCAGAAGGUUAUCAUCAUGGGACUGGACAAUGCGGGGAGCACCAUUCUCUACCAGUUUUAAGUGACUUUCGGGCGCUUGACCAAUGAGGUGGUCCAUACGUGUUCCACCACUGGCAGCAACAUGGAGGAGAUCAUUUUGCAGAAGACCCACUUCCUCAUGUGGGACAUAGUGGGGCAGGAGGCUCUGAGUUUUAUCACCAACACCUAGUUCGUCAUCCUUGUGAUUCACAGCACGGACCGGGAUCGGCUGCUGACUGCUUGAGAGGAGCUAUAUAAAAUGCUGGCCCAUGAGGCUCUGCGGGAUGCUUCAGUCCAUUUUGCCAAUAAGCAGGACGUGAAGGACUCUGUGAGGACAGUGGAGAUCUCCCAUUUCCUUCCUCUCAGGACCAGCAAAGGCCACUGUGCUUCUGUACCCUCACCGGAGAAGGGUUAG